AGUGCGAAAAUUGUCAAACGCGCUCAAUUUGGCUUUGAGCUCAAUAAAUAAAUAGACAUUUGUUGUUGUACACAUUCAGCUCAAAGAAUUGUUUUGUUUUGCCGUUAAAUUACCCGCAAAAUAAAAUGGCACACGCCAUGGCAAAUAAAACCGAUCCAGUGCGAAAUGUACUCUCAGCCUUGAUAGCGGAGUCACAUUCGCAUUUGACGCCAGAAAAAAUACUACGUGAAUUUCGUGCCACAGCUGACAAACGUUUGACGGACUCGGAGCUGCUGGCUCUGCUCGAAUCCAUUAGCAGCAAACGCAUCAAUAGCCGCCAAGUGCUUGACGAGAUUACCUAUGUUCUAGAGCGUAAGGAUCCCAUGUAUGCAUUGUUAAAGUUCACGGAACGCAUAACACAGGAAGCGAAGUGGCAUUCCAACGCAAGUGUAGAAUACGGCAAGCUACCGCCAGCAUCGAGCACUAAAUUGCCGCACCACUAUAUCGACACUAUGAGCAUUGGCAGCAGCAGCAUCAGCACCCUUAGUUUGGCCGAUGAAUUGCAUCCGCCAGCACGAAAGUCCUUGGAUUUGUCCUAUUCCACGCCCGUAACUAGUCGCAAACCGGACGAGAGUCCGUGUCUCGAGACGCUCCUUACACGCCGUCCCUCCCCCUCAGUGCCCACGGAAUCCUCAUCUCGUGGUGAUCUCAGUAUGAUCAAGAAACGCGUAAUGAAUGCCGUUGCGCAUAUGCCAGUGCAUGAAAGCACCAACAAUCGAUCCGCCAACCGAUCCUCGCUGAGCCUCAAUGGCGGCAAUAACACCGGCAUUACAUCUAACAAUGCCACGUCCAUCCAGGCACCCUCGAUACAACUGUCGACGAGUGGAGGCAGCGUCGACUUGGAUUUGGACUUUCAGGAUGGCAUGCUGGAGGCACAACGCACCCACAUGCUGUGGGACUACUGCAAGGUGGAGGGACAAAACCAAAGACCGCCGGCUGAGAUUGCAGCCAUGCCGCUGGAGAGUCAACAGCAUGCGCUAAUACUCGAUUUGAUUUACUGCUUGAGUGGUGUGCGUGGCAGCUACAUAACGCCGCUGCCGCGUGACAAAAGCAGCUCGGGAUUGGCUCGAUACGAGACACGCUUCACUGUGCAUCCGGGUGUGGAUAAAGCGCUGGCGGAAAUGGUGCACGAGAUUCUGCCACUGGCAUCGCAUUUCAUGGCCAUGCAGAAGGUGAUGGCGAUCACAAAUAAUCGUGGACAGGUUAACAAUUCGUUGAAUGCUGCGCUUCAAGACUUAACCCACGACUUUUAUUUGCUGGUGGCCGAGGCGGAGGCAGAACUGGACAGCCAGGCGCUGACGCUGCCAAAGCUGCUGUAUUAUCUGCAGCCAACCAUGUGGGUGAUGGAGGGUCUCUGGAGCACGUUGGGCGAGAUUCAGCUGAGCAAUCUAAAGGGCGGCGAUGUGCUGUCGCAUUUGUGCCGUUGCAUCAAGCAGCUGGAGGGCGAUAAGGCGACGCAGGAUGUGCUAAUCAGUCUGACGACGAAAGCGGCAGCUCCAUACAUGCGCAUGCUACAGUUGUGGAUACACCAGGGCAUCAUUGUGGACAACACCGAGGAGUUUCUCGUUGUCGACAACGAGGUGGUGCACAAGGGCGAAACAAUGCCCGAGCACUAUUCGGAUGAUUAUUGGGAGAAGCGUUACACCAGACGCAGCCAUGCGGUGCCCACAUUUCUGGCCAAUCACUCGGACAUCAUAUUGCGCACGGGCAAAUAUCUCAAUGUGAUACGUCAGUGUGGCAAACGUGUGACGUGCCAGAAGAAUAACGAUGCACAGUUCGAUCCCACCAAGAAUCUGCAUGUCAAACUCAUCGAAGAUGCGUACUUUUUUGCCGCCCGUCAGCUGCUUGAUGUGCUGCUGAAUGAGAACGAUUUGAUGGGACAUCUGGAGUCGGUCAAGCGGUAUUUGUUGCUGCUGCAAGGUGAUUUUAUUGCCCAGUUUAUGGAUGCCUGCGAGGAUGAGUUGUCCAAGAAUGUGGAUCAAGUGCUGCCCAUGACAUUGGAGAAUUUACUUGGUCUCACGUUGCGUUUGUCGUCGGCUCGCAGUGAUCCGUACAAGGAUGAUUUGCACUGUGAGUUGCUCACCUACGAUCUGGUCACACAAAUGUCAAAGAUUAUGGAUCAGGAAGAAGAGUAUUGGAAAACCACAGAUCGCUUGGAUUUGACGGGACUGGAGUGUUUUGCCUUCACGUACGAGGUAAAGUGGCCCGUCUCCUUGGUGCUCAAUCACAUUGCCAUCACCAAGUAUCAGAUGCUCUUCCGACAGCUUUUCUACUGCAAGCACGUCGAGCGGCAGCUGUGCAAAAUCUGGAAGGAGAACUCGAUGGCUAAAAAGUUCUCGGCUCAGGCAGCGGAACUGUAUCGCUCAGCGUUCACAUUGCGUCAGCGCAUGAUGAAUGCCAUACAAAAUCUGGAGUAUUAUAUGAUGAUCGAGAUCAUUGAGCCCAAUUGGCAUGUGUUUAUCGAGAAGAUGACUAAAGUGGAGAAUGUCGACGAGGUGCUCAAUCUGCAUCAGGACUUUCUCGAUUUGUGCCUCAAGAAUUGCAUGCUGACAGAGACGUCGCAUCUGAAUCGUGCCAUAUUUAAGCUAUGUAAGAUCUGUCUCAACUUCUGCGAGUUCAUACAGCGCUCGCAACGUCUCUUUCUCGACGCGGAGCUCAAGUCAAUGGUCUGUGAUAGCAGCGAUGAGAGCACGGAUCAGUCUGACUCUGAGCCGGAAGUUUCGGAUCGGCCACAGGACGAGAGUUCGAUGGCUCAAACGGAAACGUUUUCGGAGAGCGUAAAGCGUUUUGAUUUGGAAUUUACUGGGAUGCUAAUAUCGUUCCUGAAGCAAAUUAAUGAUCUGGCCAAGGCGAAUACCGGAGAUCGUUUCAUGAAUCUCGUGCAUCGCAUCAAUUUCAACUCAUUCUACUCGGAACAAAUGGAAAGAAUGUGCGUUAUGGACGCCAUGGGUUAAUACUUUAAAUUCUUCCAAAAAAAAAACAAA